CCAGCCGACGAUGAAGCGGCCGCAUGCCUACCGUACAUCUCGGCUAUGCCUGAUUUCUACCAGCCGGGACGACGGAUCAGCGAAACUAAAUGCUACGAAUAUGCUUGGCAAAUGCAAGACCAAGAUGAGAGAGAUCAAAGGGAAAAGGCAUGUUUGGCCUACAGGAGAAGAAGGGCUGGUUUACGCUCGUUUCGGAACCUAGUCGUCGGUGGCCGCCGAGCUCUUGCUGGGGAAUACCCUCACAUGGGAGCCCUAGGCUGGAGAGCUGUCGAAGGUACUUGGAUCUUCAAAUGCGGAGGGGCUCUGAUCAGCCCCCGAUUUGUGCUGUCAGCUGCACAUUGCACCAAGUCAUCGCGAGAUCCUACUGUGGCUGAGGCGGCUCCGAAGAUCGUGAGGUUGGGAGCCAGGAAUCUACUGGAUGCUCAUGAACCCCACGAUGCGCUAAUCACUAGAAUCAUCGUCCACCCCUCCUACUCUCCCCCUCGCAAGUACAACGACAUAGCUCUACUGCAGUUGUCCAGAGAGGUCCAGUUCUCCAGACACACACAGCCAACUUGCUUGUGGACCUCGUUCAAUACAAGCGCCAUUGUCGGUGCCACUGUUACUGGCUGGGGAGUUGUGGUGUCAGGUGGUCGCGAUUCAUCCCCGAACCUACAAACGGCUGAGGUGGACAUCAUAGAGUCCACCACCUGCGACGGGCUGCUCCGCCGCUAUUGCAACCGAAAUUGGUGUGGAUUAGACCAAACCCAGGUCUGCGCUGGAAAACUCGGAGGAGGAGUUGACACUUGCCAGGGGGAUUCCGGCGGUCCGCUGCAAGUGCGUGUCGGGUCAUUGACCUCGGUGGUCGGAGUGACGUCAUUCGGCUUCGGGUGCGCGCGCGCGGGAGCUCCCGGCGUUUAUACUAGGGUUGCUGCGUACAGCGACUGGAUCGAACGCCACGUGUGGGGAUUUAUGAUGAGGAAGAUGCUCAAGUUUAUUUUAAUUUGCUCAGUGUUGUGGUACGUGCAAACGGUGAGAUCAAAUAAGGGUUUUGACAGAAUAAUAAGAAAUAAAAGGCAAGACGGCGACUACAGGUGGUCGUGGGGAUUCGUUGACGAAAAUGAGACGACCACAAAAGCAAUAAGCCACGAGCCAUUCGUAAGCUCCAGUCCAGAACCGGACCCAGAACCCACAGAACCAGAAGUUUGUCAACCAUACAAUCCACCCACUCCGGACUUCAGUGCGCCUGGGAAAAGGAUCAGCCAAGCGAAAUGCGAGGAAUAUAUUUGGCACAUGAAAACUAGAGAUGAGAUACAGAAGAGGAAUAACCUGUGCACACAGUAUCUGCUGAGCCGACCAAAUAAAACGCCUAUUGUCGCGGCUAUCGGCGGCCAUAUUACGACACCAGGGGAAUAUCCACACAUGGGAGCAGUGGGUUGGAAAGCGGCUGCUGGUGGAACAUGGAUAUUCAAAUGUGGCAGCUCUCUCAUCAGUCAUAAGUACCUACUGACUGCAGCACACUGUUCCCGCACCUCAGGAAGGGAUCCCUCCGUCGAAGACCCGGUACCGAAAAUAGUACGCCUUAGAGACAAGAACAUAGCUGACGUGUUCUCCAACCAACAACUCCCCACCGACAUGACCAUCUUAAAAAUAACGAAGCAUCCAGAAUACGCCGCACCGAAGAAGUACCACGACAUAGCGAUCAUCGAGCUGGUGGAUGGUAUCACGGACUUUACUGAGCUGAUCCAGCCUGCUUGUCUUUGGGGCAGCUUUGACACCAGCAGUCUUGGUUAUAAAGCUAACCUCACUGGGUGGGGGGUGGUUGAGACGACUGGUCUCCAAUCCUCUCCAGAGCUGCAGGCAGCAGAAGUGGACAUCAUCGACUCUGGCGUCUGCGACACGCUUCUGAAGCCGUUUUGCAGCAGAUUAUGGUGCGGUCUGCAGGAGGGACAGAUCUGCGCUGGAAAGCUUGCGGGUGGAGUCGACGCGUGUCAGGGUGAUUCCGGCGGCCCUCUCCAAGUUAGAAUCCCCGGUGUAAACGUCCCAGGACAAGGCACGCUGCACUACGUGAUUGGCGUGACUUCGUUCGGCAUCGGCUGCGCCCGCUCCAAUAAACCAGGCAUUUAUGCCAGGGUGUCGCAGUACAUUGACUGGAUUGAAGGGAUUGUGUGGAGAUAAAAUACUGCG